CAGCAGGCCGACCACCGCGUUCCGUUCUUCAACGGCAACAAAUUUUUUUUUUUUACAUUCCCUCUUCUCUUCUUCGGAUUUCUUGUGGUUCGGAUUUCGUCCUCUGUCUGCCUUCUGAAUCGGGAUUGUCGAUUCGAGGAUUCUCUUGAAAAUUUCCUGUCUUUUUCUUUUCACCGACGAAUUUUACAACCGAAGUGAAGGCUAGAGGGUGAUGGUUGUUAUCGUCAAUGGCGAUGAUUGAAGCGUCCAUUGCGUUGGGCUAGGCUAUGGUUGACCUUUUCGGAGUGUUUUGCGGUGGUUUAGGGUGUUUUAGGAAGUGGUUGUUUGAUAUAUUGUUGGAUUACCGAUGAAACAGGAAUCGGUUCUUGAGCGAAUCAGUGGAUAAAGUCCUGUAAUUAUAGCAUGGAGUGAUCAUCAAGCAGCAUUUUUUGGGCUUAUUUCUCAGAGUAACCCUUUAUCUGAUAAGGGUUUUUGCUCUGAAGCAGUGGCAUUUUGAUGGAUUGCAAGGAACAUGGUUCUAUUGCCCCAGAUGGGUGUAGUUCCGACUCGGGCAAUAAGAAUGCUGAUGACCUGGGCUCAGAUCAUGUAAUGGAUAGCGUUGGAGACGAUGAGAUGAAGAUAGAUAGUUUAUGCACGGUUGCCCUUGAGAUAGAGAAUGCAGGAAAAAAAGAAACCAGGGUUAGUUCAAAUUGUGAAAGCUCUGUCCUUGAUGUUCCUAAAGCGAAAGCCAGUGGACAGUGCUCCGAGAAAGAGAGCUCUGCAGGGCAUGAUAGAACUUCUGUCAGUCCUUUUGAGGCAUCCCAAGUUACUUCCGGUUCAGAUCCGAAUCAUCCAAUAAUGGAGGCUCGUGGAAGGUGCUUUGGGGAGAUUAAGCAAAUGAUAGAUGGGAAAAGCCUCAUGUCCUUAACAGAAAGACAUAGUGAAUGCUCAGAUGAUGAUGAUCGAACAUCUCGUAGUAAAGAUGCUGACAAUCAGGGCGAGGAACUUGUGCCAAAGGAACUUGAACUAACCCAUAGAUCGAUACCAGAUGUCGUUGUACCUGUAGACUGUAAUAAGCAAGAAGAUGGAAAGGCUAGUCAGGAUACAAAUUAUUCCGUUGUACCUGUUGUUUUUGAGAGUGUGCAAGAAAAAGGAGAUCUGAAGGCUAAAGAAGAUGAAAUUUCCGGUAGUUCAGUAUUACCUAUAGGGGGCAGCAAAACAAAUAGUAAAUUGGCUUCCGUAGUUGAUGCACCAAAUCAUUGUGAGGCUUUGGAUGCUGUUAAGGACAGAAACAUUGUUGAAAUUGGCGGUGACAGUUCUAGUUGUACCUCUGAUGUAAGAGUCGAGGAAGAGAGAAAUGAACUUUUGAGUGAACAAGAUGCUGCACCUUCCGAUGAUGCAUCUUACCUCCCAAGUUGUCAAUUAUGUUCAGAUUCAAUAUUGGACAUUGGAGGUUUGAGUUGUAGUGCCACAGAAAAUGAUUUGAAAGCCUCAGGUGAAAAAGGAGGCAAAAUGGAUGUCUCUACAUGUCCUUUACUAAUUUUGCCACAAAUGUUCUGUGGUCAAGCUAAAGAAGAUGAUAGUAAUGUGAUUAAUCCAUGUGCAAAUGAUCUUGAGGGCAAUAAAGAUAUGAAGACAUACACUUCAGGUUUGAAGCUGCUACAUGAGGCAGAUCUUCAUAGUAAUAUUCCUGGGAAGAAUGAUCGACGACUGGAGAACCAUGUGGGGUUAUUGCCCACUAGGAAAGCUCCAGAUGCUUUGGAAGAGAAUAAUGAUAGUGCUGCUGAUACUGCAGCUGAGGUUUUCAGCCAGGUGCUACUUGUAGAGGAAAAUGCUCGUGGCUUGGAAGCUGGUGUCCCUAUCACCAUGUCUUCUUUGAAGCUGAAUUUUCCAUCGGAAUUUGAAAAAGGUACCAUUGAUGUUCCUAUUUCUAGCAACACAGUUGAAUAUUUGAGAACAGUGGAUGAUAAUGAUAGACUAGGCGGUGAAAUUACAUCUGCAUCUGGAACUUAUUGUUCUGAGACUAUCCUGUCUUUUCCCCGUAGAAAGGGCCGAGAUAAUAACCAGGGUAAAAAGGCUCAGACAAAAAGAAGUGCUCCCCGUUCAAGAAAAUCCUCCAGAAAGAAACAAUCAGAAAAAAAUUUUGAAUCGAUUUUCAAUUGUUCAAAGCAGAAGAGGAGCUGCUUUUCAAAACCUGCACGUUCAUGUGAAUGGGGAUUACCAAGAAGCACUACUCAGAUUUUCUUGCAGAGUAACAAUCUUCCUUCCUACGAACCUCCAAAUCAAGGACCACAUAGCAAUCGGGGAAACAGUAAACCUAGUAAAAGUUGCCGUAAUGGGCAUCGAGAAGAAUCUAUCAAAAAAAGUCAAACAUCUGGUGGCUGUUGCCUUCGGUUGAAGGUCAAAUUUGGAAAAUCGGGUGGUAUGAAUCCUCUCAAUGUUACAGUUUCUAAGGUCAUUGAUGACUCCUUGUCUAAUGACAAUGGCCAGGUAGGCUCUGGUUUAGGAGUUCCGGUAUCAGCCAGCCGUGAAGGGAUGAAUCUGCAAACUGCAGAAGUUGGAGAACACUCAGAAGAGUGUGCAAAGCUCGAGAAAGAUGACUUAGAGGCUCAGACUUUAUGUGGGAGGCUGGCUGGUAAUGCUGCAGAUGAUGACCUUUCCUUGGGUGUAGUUGUUGAAGAAUGCAGAAAAUCCACUGAAAACUGCUACAUAGAUGCCGGAACUUCUCCAGAUUCCGAAGUUAUCAAUUCUGUGCCUGAUGCCAUCGUCAGUUCUGGACAUCAGGGUGACUUGCGUCAUACAGUUUUGUGCAUUCCUGAGGCAUGUGCCAAUCCUGAAGAUGCUAUCAACAGAAAGGAAGACAAAAAGGAAGAUUGUUCAUCUUAUAUUGGCAGACCAAACAAAUCCAAACAGCCAAAGGGCCAACGGAGGGGAGAGCGAAAGGAUGGCCUCUAUCCUGAACAGAACUCUCUGCCUAGAGAUGAUGAACUCAGAGUCAUAGAAGAGAGUACAGAACCAGGAAGCUGUAAGGAGGCUUAUCCCAGUUUUGACCUACAGUUAGGCGGAUCACACAGUUCCAAAGAUGUGCUUUAUUCAGCUAAAUCCAAGGGAAAAUCCAAGAGCAAGGGUGUUCCUAAAAGCUCAAAAAAUAAUGGCUCAAAGAAGGGGAAAUCCAACAUUUCUGAAUCUUCCAGGAGCAGGAGAAGAAUUGAAGCUGGAGAGAGGGCAGAGCAACAAAAACUCAUUAGUAGUGGUAGUGGAAAGGUAGAGGGUGGCGCCACUGAAGUGGGAAGUGUACAGUCACAUGAAACGACAGAUGUUACCAAUGGGGAAAUGGUCUUGGGCGGUACAAUUGGGGAGAAUGCUUCGGCAGAUAGUGCUUGGGUUCGGUGUGAUGAUUGCUUCAAAUGGCGACGGAUACCUGCUUCUCUUCUAGGAACAAUUGAUGAGAACUGUAUAUGGAUCUGUAUGUACAACUUGGAUAAAGAUUUUGCUGAUUGCUCAAUCCCUCAAGAGAUGUCGGAUGAAGAUGGCAUAACACAGGAUGAAACAAAUGCGUACGACAGUGAUCUGACAAACAAGGAAAAAGGAAAGGGACAGAAGUGCGAAGGGUUGCCAGGUAACCGAAAGGCAUGCUUCAAGGCUAUAAAAGCAAAUCAGUUUCUCCGCCGUAACCGUAAAGCUCUGACAAUCGAUGAGAUAAUGGUAUGUCACUGUAAACCGCCACCUGAUGGCUGGUUGGGUUGCGGAGAGGAAUGUCUCAAUAGAAUGCUUAACAUUGAAUGUGUUCAAGGUACCUGUCCCUGUGGGGAUUUCUGCUCAAACCAUCAGUUUCAAAAGCGGAAGUAUGCUAAAUUUGAGAGAUUCCAGUCUGGUAAGAAGGGCUAUGGCCUGAGACUGCUCGAGGAUGUACGCAGGGGACAGUUCCUUAUUGAAUAUGUCGGAGAGGUGCUUGAUAUUCUAGCAUAUGAUUCUCGUCAAAAGGAUUAUGCUGCCAAGGGUGAGAAGCAUUUCUAUUUCAUGACGCUGAAUGGCAAUGAGGUGAUAGAUGCUGGUUCCAAGGGAAACUUAGGGCGCUUCAUUAAUCAUAGUUGUGAACCAAACUGCCGUACAGAGAAGUGGAUGGUGAAUGGUGAAAUUUGCGUUGGAAUAUUUUCCCUGCGAGACAUUAAGAAGGUAUCCUCCCCCUUUGGCAUCUCCCAGUUAUAU